GCACUCACAGGAAGUCGGGUCGGCCGGUCGCCAUCAAAGUCAUCGACAAGACGCGUUUUCCCACCAAACAAGAGAGACAGCUGAGGAACGAGGUGUCCAUCCUGCAGAAUCUGACGCACCUCGGCGUGGUUCUGUUGGAGGGGAUGUUCGAGACGGCGGAGCACGUCUUUGUCGUCAUGGAGAAGCUCCAUGGAGACAUGCUGGAGAUGAUUCUGUCCAGUGAGACAGGACGACUCCCUGAACGCAACACCCGCUUCCUCGUCACACAGAUCCUGGAGGCUCUGCGGUAUCUGCACCUCAAACACAUCGCUCACUGUGACCUGAAGCCUGAGAACGUCCUGCUGGCGUCCGCAGACCCGUUCCCUCAGGUGAAGCUGUGCGACUUCGGCUUCGCCCGCAUCAUCGGCGAGAAGUCUUUCCGCCGCUCGGUGGUGGGCACGCCGGCCUACCUGGCGCCCGAGGUGAUCAGCAGCAACGGCUACAACCGCUCGCUGGACAUGUGGUCCGUGGGCGUCAUCAUGUACGUGAGCCUGAGCGGCACGUUCCCCUUCAACGAGGACGAGGACAUCAGACAGCAGAUCACCAACGCCGCCUUCAUGUACCCGCGACAGCCGUGGACCUCCAUCUCACUGGAGGCUGUGAGUCUCAUCAACAACCUGCUGCAGGUGUCGGUCAGACGCAGGUUCAGCGUCGGCAAAGCGCUGGGUCACCCCUGGCUGCAGGACUUCCAGCUGUGGUGUGACCUCAGGGAGUUCGAGCAGAGGAUGGGCUGCAGGUAUCUGACGCACCGAGAUGACGAGGAGCGCUGGAUGCGUUACGCCCAGGAGAGAGGCCUGGACUUCCCGCCCCGCCUCUGCUGGGACCCGGACAACGACCCUGACAUGUGA